CUUCUUUUUUUCCUCCUUAACCAAACCCUGAAUAAACCCCUUCCCAUUCGGACUUGCAAUUUCUCCUUUUCCUUCCCCUCCCGGCCUCGCACUCUCCUCUCAACAUCUACCAUCCCAAAAUCAAAAUCUGCACACAAUACAGAUAUUAUUUGCAUACAACUCUUCUAACACACAGCAGAAAUUGAUAACGUCCCUAUCUAGUGUCCAAAGGAAAACGAAAAAAACAAGAAGUUACGGAUAUUAAUGGCUGUUGAAGCACGAAAUAUCAAUCUCUUCCCUCGACAGAUUCUAGAGAAUAGAGAAAUAACUAUGAAUGGAUUUGGAAGCAAUGGAAAUAUGUACAGUACUCCGAUAAGUUACGGUAUAAUGGCGCCUUUAUCGGGGACCGUGAUGGCCACGGAGACGGUUGUUCCGGUGUACCGAUCCGCGAUCAACGAAUCUAUUCCAGUUUCAAAAAAGCGUUCGAGAGACGUUUUGCUUUCACCAUUCCCUAUUGUUGUUCAGAAUCAGAAUCAGAAUCAGAAUCAGAAUCAAAAUCAAAAUCAAAACGGCAGUUGCGCUUCUUGCACGUUUCUCGGUGAGGAUAAUUCCUUUCAGAUCCAACAACAGUCAUUGGAAAUCGAUCGAUUAAUCUCUCAACACACGGAGAUAACGAGGGUUGGAAUUGAAGAGAGAAGAAAGAGACAUUCUCUGAGAAUAGUAAAGGCGGUUGAGGAAGAAAUAAUGAAGAAACUAAAAGGAAAAGAAGAAGAAAUUGAGAAGAUUGGGAAAUUAAAUUUGGCAUUGGAAGAGCAAGUGAAAUCGCUAUGCGAGGAGAACCAAAUAUGGAGAGAUUUGGCACAGACAAACGAAACCACGGCCAACGCCUUGAGAUGCAAUCUCGAACAAAUCCUCAACCAGGCCCAGGACGAUCACUACCACCAGCCACGGCGGCGGAACGAAGACAGCGAACCUCAAUCGUGCUGCGGCAGCAACUUCGAUCCAAUCAACGGGGAGAGAGUGUGCAGGAGCUGUAAGAAACAGGAAUCGUCCGUAUUGCUUUUGCCGUGCAGACAUCUCUGCCUCUGUACUAAUUGCGAAUCAUUUCUCCAUACUUGCCCUAUCUGUAACUCUUUCAAAACCGCUACUAUUCAUGUUAAUCUAUUUGACGAUCAAUUAUGACAAAAAUUCAGAAUUACAAAUUCGUCGCAAAUAGUACAAGUUUUUCCCUUAUCUUCAUCUGGUCAUGAAAUGAAUGUGUGUAGUCAACUACUGAAUGGAAAGUCACGCAGUAGUAGCGCAAAUGUCGCUGUUGUAGAGCGGUACGAGGAGUACGUACCUUGUGCAUGGUGGAAAAUGUGUAGACUGUAGUGGUACCGACGUGCACGGUGGAGAGAAAAUAAUGAAGAGAAAUUACCUUGAAAGGGGACUGUCGUGUAAGUCUUUGAGACAGUUU